CAUCUCAUCCUCCUUGCUUUUUAAUGACUUCAAACAAGUUCUUUUUUGCUGGGCUUUUGCUGGAGACCCAAGGGGAUGUCUAGCGGUUAUUUCUUCCAGGGGCAUUGGUGUGAUGUCUUUAAGUGUACCAUGCGCUGUCUCUCGUGCACCCACACCCUCUCACUGGUGCUGUGCGUCCUCGCGUUGACUCCCGCGACACUGGAGGCGGGGCCGGAGACGCUGUGCGGGGCGGAGCUUGUAGACACGCUGCAGUUUGUGUGUGGAGACAGGGGCUUUUAUUUCAGCAAACCAACAGGAUAUGGGCCUAGUUCAAGGCGGUCGCACAACCGUGGCAUCGUGGACGAAUGCUGCUUUCAGAGCUGUGAGCUGAGGCGGCUCGAGAUGUAUUGUGCACCCGUAAAGCCUGGCAAAACUCCACGAUCACUACGAGCGCAACGGCAUAUAGACAGCCCAAGGACAGCAAAGAAACCUAUAUCUGGACAAAGCCAUUCUUCCUGUAAGGAGGUUCAUCAGAAGAACUCGAGCCGAGGAAACUCAGGGGGCAGAAACUAUCGCAUGUAGAGGACAGUAAGGCGAAUGGCUGAGAGAGACAAGUGAAACUGUUGGACAGCGGGGAAACGGGAUGAAAGAAAGACUGUAUUCUUCCAGGGACGUGCUCCACUGUAAAAAAAAACAAACAAAAAAAAAAAACUAAAUACUACAAAAAUAAAUAAAUAAAUAAAAACCAACAAGAUACUGGAUACUGUUAAAGCCCCAUGUUAAGACAAACAAAAUCUGAUGAUUUCCAUACACUGCACCAUUCCAUACUGGGGGAAAAAUCAUAAAUCAGCUGCUAAAAAAGUCAAAUGAUAACUGUUUAUCCUCUUUGUGUGAACGGUUGCACCUAAUGGAUGCCGAAAGCUUUUUAUAGUGGCAAAAAAACAAAUUUUUGCGGGCACACGAGAGGCACGAGAAAGGAGUUCGCAGUGAGAUCACGGACCGUGUUGACAAGAAAGGCUGUCUAGACAGUUUAUACCAGAUGGAACCCUUGCAAAACUGAACUACGGCUGCACAGAGAGAUGACAUAUAAAAUACAAAUCAAUCUUUUCUUAUUUGAUUCAUUGUGCAAGACCAGAUCAAAGGGGAUUAUACAAAAACAUUAUGCAGAUAUGCUGAGGUGCUCUAGAGAACACAUUCAGGAUCGAUGGAACCGGACCUACAUCCUGCAAAACACCCUUUUUUUUUUAAAUUGUGUGAGGGAUCUUUGCUUCUUUUUUUUAAUAAUUUUAACUGCAUGGAUUACCUUCUUUAGAAAAUAGGAGGUGAAAGCCAUUCACUCUAACAGUUAUCCGCAUGCAUUUACACCAGUGUAUCAGCAUGCAAAGGAAAGACAACAGAAACUACAACAGAAGCAAAAAAUUACUAGCAAUUGUAACAUAUAACAUCAAGAAGAACAUAAUCUGGUUUAGCAGCUACUGUUUAUCAAAUAGGAAGUUGCAGGUUUGCAUCUUUACAGCGAAAGAAUGGUGACAACUCACUAGCUGUAUUAAAGGGAUAUUUCACCCAAAAAUGAAAAUGGUGUCAUUUACUCAUUUUACUUUACCUUCUCAUGCGUUUGCUUAAAAUAUUACUUUUGUAGUCCAUUUUUGAUGCGCGUUUCUUCUGGGAAAAAUAAAAAAGGCAAUUGCAAUGUUAUUUUCCAUAAUACAACCUUACGGCUCAUAAGUGAUUAUUUUAAACUUUAUCACACAAUUACCCUUUUUAUUUUUUUCUCCGAAGCAGGCUUAUGUAAUUGCAGAGCACCAGUCAUUUGGAAUUAUGUUUCAAUUGCAUUUAAUUUUUGUCCUAUUUGAAGCUUUACAGACAUGGUCAUUGUACAGCAAAUACUGGAAACAAAUUUCAUUCUGAAAAAAGAAUAAUAACAGAAUACAGAUUAAAAAUGACAGAAGGGUGCAUAAACAACGACGCAAUGUCUGUUUUUGGGUGAACUACCCCUCUACACCCCACUUUAAGCCACUGUCACAGGGGUUGUGAGGUGUGACCCUCUGCAUGGUGAUUUCCUCUUUUCUGACCCCAAUGGAUCACGUCCACCCACACUGUUUACUCUGUAUCUAUACUCAACCUAUAUUAACCUUUGCAUUCUCUAACCAUAAUCAUAUGUGAUGGCAUUAUAUAGCGGAACCAUAUAAAAGAUCAACCCACUGUAUAAUGGUGCUAUUUUGUAGUUUGUUACUUGCAGGGGUUGGCUGAAAACAUGAAGCUCAUUGUUGGAAGUCUUCCCUUUUGCACAGCCUUGUGGCCACUAUUGUAAUAAUAUUCUUUUAGUUUUAUUUUUAAGCUAUUUCAAUACGGUUACAGUGUAAGCGAGCAAAAGUAUUUUUGUGAGAGCUGUGAAUGCAUAGAAAAAGGAACAAAAAUGUGGCCCGAGAUGGUUAAUUGCUGUUUUUGUUUUCUCUACGGUUUUUAAAUUAUUAUUUUUGAAACCGUAACCUCCCAAUGCCAAAUAACUUGACAGUACUGUAAACGGCAAAUCUCCAAUAUUACCAAAACUUUGACCAUCACAAAGUAGCUUUUCAUGCAUGCUACAUUCAUUUAGACAUCUUAGCACUGAACUUAAGUAUUUGUAACUGGCAAGGAAACGGUGCAAAACAGUCUUCAGUGUAAUUCAGAGAUGAGAAAGACAAAGUUACAGUUCAAUUUCAGUUAGUAACAGUGUAAUUUGGCUAACACUGUACGAGUCUAUUCAGGACCAUUGUUUUUCCUUUUUACUUGCCUAUGUUUUUACUUAUCGAUGUGUCUAGGGAGGUUUAAUAAGAAAAUUGCACCAAGAUUAAGUAAAUUACACCAUAAGUGCAAUUAAGAAAGG